AAUGAAUUAAGCCUCGAGUUCUCACUCCAGAAACUUUUAUAAUUAUAAUGGAAGUGCCUAUUCAACAGAUAGCAUGAGAGUGUAUAGUAAAUCUCCUAAAAAUGCAUAAUAAUACAUUAAUCGAUAUUAACCCUGUAUAUAUUCCACAAUGAGCAAUAUCUAAAAUUUACAAUCUCUCAAAAACUAAAUAUCUCAAUUAUAAUCUGUUUUAACUCAAUAACAUCGUAAGAGUAGUUUUACUAGAUCAAAAGCAGACUCAUCAGCAAAUAUGUCUAAUGAUAGAUCCUUUUACACUAUGAUCAAAGAAUAAUUGAAAUAAGUUGGCAAUUUAUAAACUAUUGAUAAAGAGACUAGUAAUCAAAAUAUCAACCAAACUACUUAGCAAUUCAAAAAGGAUUAUAUCAGUAAUAAGAAGUUAGAAUAAGAUACAGAAAAGUAAUCUAAAAAUGUGACACCUUAAGGGAGUGCUGUUAAGAACUCAAGUAUUUUGAAAGAGACUACUAAUAAUGUGAUUAAGAGUGAAAAAUAAUAAGCUUUAAAACAUUUGUUAUAUCCAGUCAGUGAGACUAAAGGAGAGAAAAAUAUGAAAUAAAAUAAUAAAUUAGAAGAAUAACUUCGAGUUGGAUUACAAGAUAAGUUGAGUUAUUUGGAAUAAAAUAAAUAGGAUAAAAUGACUAAAUUAGUUUAAGGUAUUUAAUUAAUGAAUUAUUUAGAAUUUAAGAAUGCAAAGAAAUUACUUGAAGAAGACUAUUAGAAUUAAGUUUAAAAUGAGAUAUAGAUAUUUGAAAGGAAACUUAGAAAAUUAAUGAUGUCAUAAAAUAAAGAUAAGAAAUUAAAGAGACUUAAAAAAAGUAGUUUGUUAUUGAAUUCAAAAUUAAAUCAAGAUUCUCCUUGUAUGGUAUUGUUUGCAAUAAUUUGAAUAGCUUAGAGUUCAUCACCAUCAUCAGAAAAAGAAAUUAAAAGUUCUUAUAAUUUAAUGAACACUUUCAAAAAAUCAGAUAGAACCUAAUUAAUUAGUAGUUUUAAAAAAGAUUGUAAUAUUUUAACUUAUUCUUUUGAUAGCAUCUAUAAAUAAGGAUAAAAAGUAGAAAGUUAGAUUCGAAAAUGAAUAAGGAACAAGGUUCAAAACAGAAACAGAAAAUAUAUGA